AUUAAGCUUUUACAAUUAUAUUGGAUAUUAUUCUGUUAAAUUCAAUAAAAACCAUGUCUACUCAUUCAUCGACACCUUUCUGAUCGCCCAUCACCAAUAUUUAAACAGCUGAUGUUCUAAAACAUUGCAACCGGCAACAUUGAUAAAGAAAACUUUAUAUUUUGGAUAAAAAACACAUUUUUAUACCAAAGAGAAAGGCAGAGUUUGACACCGAAGCAGCAGCGAUUAUCGAACCUAUUUGAAAAGCUCAGUGAUAUAAUGGAAAUAACUUUGGCUCUUAUUAAACCGCAUGUGCUGCGGAAUACAUACGCCAUGCAACAGAUCCGGGCGCUAAUAGCCCAGAAUUUCACAGUGCUGGACCAGAAGGAGGUGCACAUCACAAAGGAGCUCUCCGCGAAGUUCUACGCGGAGCAUCGCGGAAAGUUCUUCUAUCACCGACUAACCAGUUUCAUGAACAGUGGUCCCUGCUAUGCUCUCAUCCUGCAGUCAGAGGCGUGUAUCAAAAAGUGGCGAGGCCUUCUAGGACCCACCAAGGUAUUCCGAGCUGUCUACAGUGAUCCCGACUGCAUCCGGGCGCUCUACGGUUUAUCCGAUACAAGAAAUGCCUGCCACGGAUCCGACAGCGAGGAGUCUGCUAUGCGAGAAAUCGGUAUCCUGUUCCCAGAGUUCAAACUGGAUGCAGUUAGUCGUGAAGUGAAAAAGAAGACCUAACUCGAGGAGGAUAUAUUUCAUGGAGGAUUAAUUUUUAGAAUCCCAGAAACUGGAAAGUCUUCUGUGCCACACAGCUGCCAGACAGCUUAUCGCUGAAUGAAUUAGAGCUUGUAUUUAAAUGUUUUUAAGAGCCAAGAAUUCAAUUUAAAGGUUUAAGAUUUGUGAUUUUUUUAAGCAAUUUAAAAGCUAUCUUUCUGCA